CAUGUUGGAAAACAAGAUCAGUAAACUUUACUUGACGUUUCGUAUGUUUUGACAUACAUCCUCAGAAGUGAAAGUUGAUAAUACAAGUGGCGACUGAGUUUAAAUUUAAGAUAAGUAACUAAUUAGCAUAAGAGUGAACAAAAGAAAACAUUUUGCACAUACAAAGAUGCAAACUAAUACAGAUAAAGCUUAUCGCUGCUGACAUAAUCGUUUAGAGUUAAAUGUCAAAGGUUUUUUAUAAGGCUAGCUGUUGGGACUGCCCGGAUUUUUACACUGGAAAAACAAAACGUGGAUUGCAUGACAGAAAAACUGAACAUUUGAAAGGGCUCACAAGUGCCUGUCAUACAUCUGCUAUCGCAGACCACGUGACGUCAACUAGUCACAACAUGAAAUGGGACCACCUUGAGAUAUUAACAAAAGGUCGUUCUGAUACUCAUUGUAAGAUAAAGGAGACUCUAUUAAUUCAAGAACUUAAACUGCUGGAUAUGCUAAUAUUAAAGACAUGUUAGUCGCUUGAUUUCUCGUUAGUUGCUAUCUCAAACAUUCCUCAGUAACCCAAAAGUGGGCAAUGGUGCCCAUAUAAGAGCCUCCUCAUAGACUAAAAUUUUUCCAAGCCUCGCGGGUUUUUUAUUUUUUCUUUCUGAAUUGAGCUGAAGUGCAUAAAGGAUCAAGGGGGUAGGUGAGUAAGGCGGCAUCUGUCUCUUUCCGGUCCAUCACCUCUUUUGCCUCAGUCUCGUUCAGCGUGUGUUACAUGAAGUACUUAACCUAUUGAGCCCAUCACACCUAUUUUCAGGGCAGCGGGUGCGCUUUCAAGAAUAACAUGGCGGCCAAACGAGUUAUCGAUGUGAAUGAAGCUUCGAUUGUAGAUUUAAAGGCUGAACUCGCCCGGAAAGAGUCGCAAUUCAAGCGAGAGAAACUUGGAGGGGAAAAGAUACCAAGUCGACAGCCGAAGAAACCUCCAGUCUGGGCUAAAGUUAAAAAAGAGACAAAAGUUUCAAACCCAGGGAAAGCACCAUCGAAACAAGAUGAAUUGUCAUUAGAGGAGCAGCAAGCUCUCCAAAAAUCAAGACAAGCUUUGGAAGUCAAAGCAGCAUUGUAUGAGAAGAUGGCAAGAGGGGAAAUUGAAGAUGAAGAUGAUGAUGAGGAAGGAGGAAGAUUCUUGGUGGACUUCCACAAAAAAGUUUACUCAAAGGAUGAAGAGUGUCACCAGGAUUUAGAGGAACUGAAAGAUGAAGAUAUACCACCCCCCUCAGGUCCUGAAGAGGAAUGGGUUGAUUAUGUCGAUUCACUGGGCAGGGAAUGGAGGUGUUUGCAUAAAGAUCUGAAACAUCUACAAGAAAUGGAUAAAGAUAUGAACGAUAUGAAUGCUCCAAAGGGUCCCCCGACACUUUUAUCCGAAGACAUGAGGAGAGACCUCGCCAGGCAAGAAUGGGAGAAAGAAGAGGAAGAAGCUAUGAAUAAACCAAUUGGGCCUGUUCAUUACCAAGAUAUACGAUUUGAUGAGAUCCGUAAUCAUGGUGUGGGAUAUUAUCAGUUUUCAACAAACGAAGAAGAAAGACAACAACAGAUGAAAACGUUAGAUAAACUGAGAGAUCAGACGAUGGAGCAGCGAGUUCGUACUCAGAAAUUAAAAGACAAACGAAAAGCUGCGCUGGACGCUCGUCUUGCCAAAGUAAGAGAAAGAAAACUGAAAAAACUAAAAGCUUCCGGCGAACUUAGCGAGGAAUCAAUUGAGAAGAAUGGACAAUUGCAAUGGAGUGAGAAAGAACAGAAAGACGCGGAGGAUACGAGAGAAACAACAACAUCAGAACAAAAUGUCGCGGAGGGAUCACGUGAAAAGGAAGAGGUACAUGUCGAUGUGCCACGAAGGCCUUUAAGAAAAGAGGAUUUACCCGAAUGGGCACGACACAAAAUAAAGCAAUGGGAUCAGCCUCGAUCGUCAACACGAACAGACCCACGAUCAGAAAGAGAUUUGGAAUUUGCACCUCCUUCCUUUUACUACGAGGAAACUAGUAAAACCCAGAACAGUAAAAACACUCGGAAAGAAUCGCAAAGACUGUUUAAUCAGGGGAAAGAAAUCAAAAAUGAAAGAUAUUGGGAGAAUGAGACUCGUGAAAUCUCUCAUCAUGAAGAACAGAAAGAAUUCAAAUCACCGGAACAGCAACAACAAGUACAACGACCACUUCAAACUCAACCGGUUGCUCCAUACACCCCAGACUUUCCCCGUCUCCCUCCUCCCCCACAAGAAUUUGUUCAACCGUCGUGGUCUGGGUGUCAGUGGCGUUCCCCUCCUAGCAUCCCACCUCCGCCACUGCCACCAGUAAACCAGGUACCAUGGCAACCAAAUUUUCCUUAUAACGUUCCACCGCCUCCAAUUCCUUGGCAACCCAGAAUGACACCAUGGCAACCCUAUCGGGCGCCUUCCACAUUGGGAAAAAGCCCCGUCACCAGCGCACAAGCGACUCAGAGUUCCAAUCCAUCGAAUAAUUCAAGCGCUAACGUAUUCCUGUCUGCGAAAGAAGCAUCGGAUGGGAAAGCAACAAUGCCGGCUGAGGAUACUGAGAAUACGAAUGAUCGCAACCAAGUCCAGUGUAGAGACAAAACAGUUCCGUCAACAGAGGAACUGGCUAGCUUUGUGGCUCAAUUUCGAUCAAGUACUUAAUAAAUAAAUAAAUGAAAUUACCAUU